AUGACUUCAACAGUUGAAUCACCUUUGCAUUGGAAUUAUUGGGCAACUAUAAUUUAUAUUUUUGGAAUGUUUGGAUAUCUAACCAUCGAUACGAUUAAUUAUUUAUUUGCACCAGUUGAUGAUGAUUUCAUUCUUUUUGUUCAUACUUGUCUUACUAUUCUAUUUGUAAUUGAUGCCAUAUUAUAUACAAUUGAUUGGUAUAUGACUGCUGUUAGAUUACGUGAGAAUAAAGAUGAACCAGUACACUAUCGAUCCGAAUUAAUUGCAUGUAUUUUUCAAAAUCUUGGUAGUUAUCUUUAUUUACUUAGUGCAUUAUUACUCUUUGAUAAAUCUGCGUACAUCGAAUUAGUUUUAUUAUUUCAAUUUUUUGGUACUACAGCUUUCGUCAUUGAAUCAUGUUUUGUAUUUCUUGGAUGGCGUAUUUCAUUUCGAAGAAAACCUUCCACUAAUCCAAAACGUGGUUGUGUUUCUCAAGAUGUUUCUAUGUGGGCACAUAUAUUUUAUAUCAUUGCUAGUUUACUUUAUCUAUGUGCAACAUCUUUAGCCUAUCGUAUUUAUUCACAUUUAAAUAUUAUUCAUCCAAGUGGUGUACUUAUCUUAUUAAUGUUAGGUGAUUUUUUCUAUUUAUUUGAUGCCUAUCUUUACUAUGAAUGUUGGAAACGAGAUAAACAAGAAUACGAUGCAAAUACAGAACAACAAAAUCUAAUGCAACUCAACGUAGUUAAACAAUUAACAACAGAAAAUUACUCAUAUAAUCAUUCAAUUGAUGAGGAUAGUUAA